GAAAAGGCCCAGGGUGGAAGCGGAGGUUCCAAAGCCGGAAGCCAAACCCACAAAACCCCCCAUCGACUCUCUUUGCAGUUUGGACCAGCCUCGUUCCUAUCGCCUCCUCCUCCUCCUCCUCGAUUCGCAUCCCCACCUCGCCGCGCCAAUGGAGGCCACCGCCGCCGCCGCCGCAGCGCCCGCGAGAUCCGCGCUCCCCUUCCGGAGCCGCGUCGCCGCCGCAGCACGCCCAGGACGCGCGCCGGCGCUGUCGGCCGCCCCGGGAAGGCGCCUCGUCGCGCGCCGCGCCGCGGGCGACGGCCAGGCGGUGGAGGCUCAGGAGGCGCUCCCCAUCGAGAAAAGGUUCCCUCCCUUCCCGAGCGUCAUGGACAUCAACCAGAUCCGCGAGAUCCUGCCCCACAGGUUUCCAUUCCUCCUGGUUGAUAGAGUUAUUGAGUACAAGGGAGGAGAAUAUGCAGUUGGGAUCAAGAAUGUCACGAUAAAUGAUAACUUCUUCCCUGGGCAUUUCCCCGAACGACCCAUAAUGCCUGGUGUUCUCAUGGUUGAGGAUGGUGAGAUUCCAAACACGAUGGAGGAAGAGAAACCAUCAGCAGGUGUUCAACCUGAUCCUACUGUGCCAACCAUGGCCUUAUCAUGGAUGCUACCAACUCAGGGCCAAGAGACUAUCCAUGACACUAUGAACACUGCAUAUGAGAUGUCAUCUUCAGAAACGCCGCCACUCAGAGCAGACCAAGCCGCCGCCGCGGCGCCGAUGGACGUCGAGGUUCAGCUCCGGCAGCGGCAGCCUCAGGCGCCGCCGUGUCAGCAGGCUCAUUUCUGGUCAGUUAGUAAUGAUGAAGACAUGUGGGCUGGAUAUUGGAAAUAUUUGGUUUCUUCUGAGCUGUAAGAGGCUGCUGGAAUUGGGGGGAGUAAAAAUGACAAACUCCUACAAGUUGCUCUAAACUUGUUGAUGUUAGCAUGUGACUAGCAUAGAGUGUUUCCAAUAUUCCAAUCCAUGUUGUCAUAUGCCACAAUGUGCUGAUCCAGACUAGCCUAUGUCGGAUCAAUGUAUGCUGAUUUGAUGGUUAAGAGUAUGCCAUGUGAAAUUCAUCUGCAGAUUCUCUCUUCCAGAUGAGUUUCGUGUAUAGAUUAUUUUGUGAGAAAUUACAUAAAAUAUCCAAAGAAAACCAUGUUUAGUGUAACGAUGCUGUUGAACGGACA